CAGUCGGAGGGAAGGAGGAUGCGGAAGUGUCUGAAGAGGAGGAGGACAGGAGCUGCUGGACAUGUAUUUAUCAGCCGUGAUGCUCCAGCAGCUGUCCGGCAGCUAGGUACCGGGCUCAUCCGACAAUGCGAUGGGUAACUGCUGGGCUUACUGUGCGGGCCUCUUCAGGAGAGAGGCCAACAGGAUCCAGAGAGGAGGCGGAUCCAAAUAUUUCCGAAGCAGCACCACAGGGGAACAUUAUACAAUAGAGUUUGAAAAUCUGGUAGAAAGUGAUGAGGGGGAGGGAGACAGUCCACAGCCCUGCCCGAGGCCGAUCAGUGAAGAUGAGAUCAAGCACCUCAAAGAACAUCGCUAUGCUGCCAUCACAGACAGGCAGCUUCAGAUAGACCAGAAGAUCCAAGUAGAGUUAGAGGCACAAGAGGAGAAGUUAAGGCUAGAAGAGGAGGCUAGAAAUGCCGCCCAGCGUGAGGCCGCCAAGUUGGCACGUGAGCGAAAAAUGAAGGAGCUGUCUGCCCAGAGGACACGAGGGAAAGCAGGAGGCCCUGGCAGUGAAACUCAAAGAAAACAAAACUGUGGGGAGGAAUUCGAUGUCUACCUCCAGAAUAUAAAAGCCCAGUCUGAGGCUUUCAGGACUAACAGACUUCCCUCUGACACCAAUGUGGUGACUCCCAACACAGAGUACAGCUGGGAUUUCACCACCAAGACUCGCUCCACUAACGAUGAUGGGACCUCACUGGAUCUAGAGUGGGAGGAUGAGGAAGGAAUCAAUCGGGCACUUCCAGCCUGGGAGAGGUCUCGGACGGAGGAGGACAUCCUGCGUGCAGCCCUGAGGCCCGGCGCCAAGCAGAUGACCAGCGGCCCGACUUCGACCUCUGAGGACUCCAACGCACUGGAGUGGGAGAAUGAUUUUGUGAGUACUCACCCAGAGGACAGUGCAAACACUGAAUUUGAAGGGUUUGUCAAUCCCGUCCUAGACACUCCCUCUGAGGAUGCCUCGGACAACCAGGACAGAUAGUGUCCGUCACCAAAGGAGAAGACGUUUGCCCUCUUCGUGUCAAAGCCCACCAGCUUUUUCGCCUCAUGAAAUGGAAAUGUACUCCCUCGCUCUUCAUAUUCUGUAACAUGAGACUGAUGCUGCGUUAAUAUGUUGCAGAUCUCUCCACUUCUGAACACUAUAGUGACAUUUUUAUCAACUACUCAUUUUUCAGUGCCUUCAUUUGCUAAAUUAGCCGACCAUUUUAUGCAUUGUGACUGAUGGAUAACAUCCAAUAUCGUCUGACACGUUUUUCAGUGAGUGCUGAUUUUCAAGCCACAGUGGCUGCUGCAGAAGCUGUGUACUAUUCUCACUGAUAGAAAUGGAGACAUGUCAAUGGUUGUGGGGUGGGUGGCCCUGCAGAAUCAUUUAUUAGAGUACUUUUAACAUCUCACAGGGCGAAUUUGUUCUCUGCAUUUAACCCUUUCAAACUACUUAGCAGUGGCGCCUGGAGAGCAAUUGCAGUUCAGAGGUCAGCACCUUGCUCAGUGGUAAAGUCAAGAGUAUUCCUGCAUGUAUUGUAGAAGUGAGAGGAAACCUGAGUAAGCACAGAAGAAACAUCCAAACUACAGACACAAAAAAAUCCUCUCUCUUACUUUCCUCUUCCUUCUAUUGGUUCUUUGUGGUCCCCCAGGUAUAUUAAGUUAUUGCAUGAUGGCAAGAAAAGCAACUGGAUUGAAGUUACUGAUCAAAAAACAUGAAGCAUCAGACUUAAAUCAUUUAAUGACUCAUACAGCCACAGUUUCCACAUUUGAGCCUGAACCCAUGUUUGUCUCUUCUUCAGUUGCUUGUUUAAUGUUCCUUUGAAUCAUGGGUCGGUUGCUCCGUGUCCUUGAACAAACCGUGCAUUUUGGGAAAUGAUGUCAGUGCAUGCACUCUGACAAUAAGGCUGUGUUCAUAGCACUGACAUCAUCCACAGUGAGUUUUUAUACGGUUAGUCCCGAUCUGCUACAGAAUCAUUUUUGCCAAAUAGACUCCAUCUAAUGAAAAACAGUGUAACUCUAUAACUGUAACUGAUGUAUUUUCUGGGGUUUUAACAGAUCAACCAAACGGGUACCUAAAAGAAAAUUUAUGUAACCAGGCACAAAAGCAACUUCUGUAUUUGAUUUUAAGUGUCAGCCUCUCAACAGCCUCAUGUCCAGGAAAAUAAAUGUAAAGACAGGCAAGCAUGAAAACACAGAGACCGUCCUUUAACAAUAAUAUGAUCAGUAGUAUUAUGUUUCUAAAUAUAGACAUUUAAAUAAGUGAACAUUUGACUACAAUAGAGCUUUUAUAAAAUGGCAUAUUUAAGAACAUGCAAUGACUUCUUGCUCAUGGGCUCUUUGUAGAACAUCUGGGUUUGUAACUGGUCUUUUUCAAAUCUGUAUUUUCCUGUCAUGUCCUUCAUCUCAUCAGUUUUUAAUUGUGAAAACCAAAUCCCCAUAACAGCACAUGGAAAUAAAAACAUCAUUGAGAAGCUACAAUUACUAAUAUUUUUAUAGCACAAAUUUCCCCUGAUAUUCUAAAUGUAUUAAGUAUGUUUCAUAUGUCACAUACAGAAAGCAAAAAUAUUCAGCCGUUAUUUGCUCUGACUUAUAAUAAUUAUAAUAGAUUUAUUGGUAGAGCACUUUUCAAUUCAAGUAACAUAGAGCUUUACAACAAACAAUAUGAAAUCCACAAAGUAAAAAAAUAAAGAUACAGAUAACAAAAGUCAUAGACCUCAUGCGAUAAAAGCGUUUUCUAUAAAGAUGUGUCUUAAGAAGUGAGAUAAAACAGGUAACCGAUUCUGUUAGUCUAAUCUCUUCUGGCAGAUUGUUCCAAAGUGUCGGGGCCCUCACGGCAAAGACUCUAUCUGCUGUGGUUCUCAGCACGGAUUUUGGAAUGGCUAGCAACGCUAAGGGGAUAAUAAUGAUGAUAAGAAUACACAACAUAGAUGCAGGAUACUGUAACAGGAGACAAUCUUGACAAAAAUCACUCUGUUUACAAUUUUCAAAAACGACACUGCUCAUUUCUGAUUGGUUCGUAUGUGGCAUUUUCUCCUGAGACAUAAUCUCAGAUAUCAAUAAUAUCUGAUCUGAUACGGAAUCCAAACCCGUUCCUCUAAACUAACAACAACAUUCCUAAAUCAUAAUAAUGGAAGCAAUAUAUUGUGUAUAUUGAGAUCUAAGAUUGAUUGCAAGGACCGACGUUAUCAAACAUGUGAACGACUGUGGACCUGAACUGUGUCGUGUUCUGGACUUAAAGUGAUCCAGUGCUGCUCUGACAACUGAUCUGCUGUAUACAUUACUGUGCAUUACAUUUUUAUAACAUGACAUUUUGAUUCAUCACAUUAGUUGUUUGAGCACAAGACGAUGGUGUUUCACAUUGAUUAUUGAAUCCGUUUGAAUCAGUAGUUGACAGAUUGCACUGUAAUGUAUUAAGGUUUGAUUUGGUUUUAAUAGACAUUCACUGAAAUGAUGUGUGAAGAGGAAAUUGCACUUCUGUAGACGAGACACAGGUUAAUUUUACUUCCUAAUAAAUGAGUGUCAUUUAA